AUGAAUGUCAAUAAAACGCAACUAAAAUAUGUCAACUCAGUCCCUGAAUUUAAUAAAAUGUUAUCGGAUUCGACAAAAAACAUCAAGGACGUGUACUUUCCUUCUGAAAAAAUUGCUGCCGUGCAGUGGACCGUAGCGGACCAGUUUGUGGAACAAGAUGCUUCAACAAAUGUGUUUCUCGCAGCAUUCACCACAGCUUGGGCACGUCUCAAGUUGUACGGUGAAAUGGACAAGUUAGGAAGAGCCGUGCUAUACCAUGACACGGACAGCAUCAUAUAUGCAAGCAAUGGAUUCAAUGAUCCCCCCUUAGGAAACUUUCUCGGGGAAUUCACUGACGAACUAUCCGGGGGAACAAUAACAACAUUUGUAUCUGGAGGUCCCAAGAAUUAUGCCUAUGAAACAACUGAUGGCAAAACGUACUGCAAAGUACGGGGAUUCACAUUAAACUUCCGAAAUUCGGCAACCCUAAAUUUUGAUUCUAUGAAAACCCUGGUCUUAAAUAUGGAUGAUGAGGAGGGGAUUCCGAUAACAAAUCCCAGCAAAAUCACACGUGAGCCAAAAAAACGAAAAGUUGUAAAUAAACCAGAGACCAAAUUAUAUAAAAUAGUUUACAACAAACGAGUGGUACAAAAAGACUUGACAACACUACCCUAUGGAUACUAG